GAUUGCAAUGUAAUUUCAUAGCUGCGUAUACUCACACACCAAACGCUAUAAUUUGAAAUUCGGGUCACUGUCACUGGAACAAUAUCAAAAUGCAAUUAAUUGUAAUUGUAAUUUCUACGGCUGAUGUGCAUCAAUGCAAUUUUUAUCCAGUCAUUUAUGCUGUUUAAAAUAUUAUAAAAGUGAUGCGCCUGCAGAAAUUCUUAGUCAAUAAAAAAUUAGUUUCGCUUUCGCACGCAUCGUUUUCGAGUAAAAGAAUAUUUUUGCUUCAACACUCCAAGAAAUGAAAGUGUCUGCAAUUAUUGUACUAAUUAUCGUCAGCCUAACGGUGUUCACCGACGCACAAAUGAUGAAAGACCAAUCGUCAGGGGAUGAUUGGAGCAUGAGUGGAUUGGACUCGACGCCAAUGUUGAAGAGCGAACAGGUAAAGUCUUUGAGCCUAGACGACAUUGAUAUGAAUUCAGAUACGGACGAUAGCUUUGAUAUUUCAACCACCGGGAAAGGUAGACGUGAACGUGAGGUACGUGCCUUUUUCGAUCUAAUUUUGAACAUUUUGGAGACGAUAAGAGGUCCGGCGAAAAAUGAUAUUCGUCGCAAAGAUAAUUGAAUUUUGUUAGUAAACAAGUUGGUCGCCUCUAUGUGUAGUUCUCGUGUUUUCUUUUACAAUAAAGGCUGCAUAAGAUCAUCGGCCUAAUAAAUUGUUCGUAAAAUU